AGUGACCAAGCACUUCACCUCUCUUCUCUAUAUAUUAGUCCCAUAUGUUUUGUAGUAGUUCUCUAUACGCCAAACCAUUCGCUCUAUCCAACCGAUAUAAGAAAAUGACGCAGAUCAAGGAACUCUUGACAGGGAAACUUCAAAUAUCCCACAACUACAUUUCAGUCGUCAAAAGAAAGAAGAAGCUCUUCUUGGCUCUUUCGGUAACCACCUUAUUACUUGUUGCUGCUAUUGUUGGCCUUGCAGCCGGAGUUCAUUCCCGCGGCAAGAACUCCAGCAACAGCGAACUCUCCGCCUCCGCCCAUGCCAUAGUUAAAAGCUCAUGUAGCAGCACUUUGUACCCUGACUUAUGCUACUCAGCUCUUGCCUCUGUCCCCGGAGCCAGCGCUAAAUUGUCCAGCCAAAAGGACGUCAUAGAAGCGUCCCUGAACAUCACAACUGAAGCUGUUGAACACAACUUCUUCACCGUGAAGAAGCUGAUCAAAACCAGAAAGGAUCUCACCAAGCGUGAAAAGAUCGCUCUCCAUGAUUGCCUGGAGACCAUCGAUGAUACCCUGGAUGAGCUUCACCAGGCAGUGGAAGAUCUCCACGAGUACCCAACCAAGAAAUCAUUGUCCCUACAUGCAGAUGACCUCAAAACCUUGAUUAGCUCUGCAAUAACCAACCAAGAGACUUGCCUAGACGGAUUUUCGCACGAUGAAGCAGAUAAACACGUCCGGAAGGUGUUGCUGGCUGGUCAGGUCCAUGUAGAACAUAUGUGUAGCAAUGCGCUGGCCAUGAUCAAGAACAUGACCGAUACUGAUAUAGCCAAUGAGGGGAAGACCACGAGUCGGAAACUCAAAGAGGAAGUUGAUGGAUUCAAGUGGCCGGAAUGGUUGUCGGCGGCGGACAGGAGACUUUUGCAAUCGUCUUCCUUGACACCUGACGCGGUGGUGGCUGCAGAUGGUAGCGGCGACUACAAGACUGUUUCUGCUGCUGUGGCGGCCGCACCGGAUAAUAGUAAAACAAGGUACGUGAUUAGGAUCAAGGCGGGUGUUUACAGGGAAAACGUGGAAGUUUCAAAGAAGAAGAAGAAUAUCAUGUUUCUGGGAGAUGGGAGAACCACCACCAUCAUCACAGCAAGUAGGAAUGUGGUUGAUGGAAGCACGACCUUCACCUCUGCCACAGUAGCUGCGGUUGGUGAACGAUUCCUAGCCAGGGGCAUAACUUUCCAAAACACAGCGGGUCCCUCAAAGCACCAAGCUGUAGCUCUCCGCGUAGGGUCCGACCUCUCGGCAUUUUACCAAUGCGACAUGCUUGCGUACCAAGACACCCUUUACGUACACUCGAACCGCCAAUUCUUCGUGAACUGCCUAGUGGCAGGAACCGUCGAUUUUAUAUUCGGCAAUGCCGCGGUGGUGUUCCAAGACUGUGACAUCCAUGCACGACGCCCAAACUCGGGACAAAAGAACAUGGUCACAGCACAAGGCCGAACGGACCCUAACCAAAACACCGGGAUUAUAAUCCAAAAAAGCAGGAUUGGAGCCACCAGCGAUUUGGAACAAGUGAAGAGCAACUUCCGGACAUAUCUUGGGAGGCCAUGGAAGGAAUACUCAAGGACAGUGAUCAUGCAGUCAUCGAUAAGCGAUGUAAUUGAUCCUGCUGGAUGGCACAUUUGGGACGGGACUUUCGCGCUGGACACAUUGUUCUAUGGGGAGUAUCAGAACACCGGGGCUGGUGCAGGAACCUCAAAGAGGGUGACCUGGAAGGGGUACAAGGUGAUAACAAGCGCUUCCGAGGCCGGAGCUUACACUCCGGGCAGCUUCCUUGCCGGCAGUAGUUGGUUGGGUUCCACUGGCUUUCCCUAUUCUCUUGGUUUGUAAACCUGCAAGCAUGCAUUUGUCCGGUCUGUACCGUCAAUAAUAGUGGUGAACAUGUAGUAUGUAGCAUCGGCUGGUUGAGUAUUUAUGCGGAAAUUGAUCUCUAGUACUAUGAAUUUGAUUAUUUGAUCAUGUAAGAUCAUGUACGCGUGCUAUAGUGUGUUAAUCUGGCAUGAACUGCAUGCCUUCAGAGA